GGUGGGCAAAGGGCACGCGGCAUGUAAACACGGGGCUGCGGCGGCGCGGACCAGGUAAGCGGGUUCCCGGGCGGGUGGCGGCCGGGGCGCCCCGGGUCCCGGAGCUGCACGUCGGGGGCUCCGGCCGCGUUUUCUAGAAUGGCUUCAUUUGGAUGGAAGAGAAAAAUUGGCGAGAAGGUCUCUAAGGCCACUUCUCAACAGUUUGAAGCCGAAGCGGCUGACGAGAAAGACGGAGUCGAGAAUGACGGAGGCAGCUGGCUCCCCGCCGUCAAGCGCAGGAAGGACGCCGUCCUCGAGGGCUGCGCGGAGAGAAGCCAGCAGCUCAAGGAUGAAGGAGCCAGCCUGGCUGAGAACAAAAGGUAUCGGGAGGCGAUUCAGAAGUGGGAUGAGGCCCUACAGCUGACACCGAGCGACGCCAGCCUUUAUGAGAUGAAGUCACAGGUCCUCAUGUCUCUUCACGAGAUGUUCCCAGCUGUCCACGCAGCAGAAAUGGCUGUCCAGAGAAACCCACAUUCAUGGGAGUCUUGGCAGACUUUGGGGCGUGCUCAGCUUGGACUGGGGGAGAUCGCGUUGGCAAUCCGGAGCUUCCAGGUGGCCCUUCACACCUACCCCCUGAACCCUGAAAUAUGGCAGGAGGACCUUUCCUGGGCGAGGACACUCCAGGAGCAGCAGAGGGCAGCCCGGCGGGUUGAAAGGAGCCAGCCGCCCACGGACACCACCCACUUGGCACCCCAGUCGAUUCCCGACUACGACUUUGAAAGUGAUGAGAUCGUGGCCGUCUGUGCUGCCAUCGCCGAGAGACAGAAGCCGGCGGUGGCGGCCAGCAAGACGAUGGUCAUCGUCUCAGCCUCUGGGGCCGUGGAGACCGUGACGGGGAGGCCAGAUGGCGGGACUCCGCCCGACGGCCGUGUUUUUAUCAAAGCCCGGUGAGGCCUCCCGAUCCGAUCGCACGCAGCUCUGGGCCCAGGGCUUUUCCCUCGGGAGCAGGGCAGAACUCUUGCUUGUGAAACGAGGCUGAUCACAGCGAAAUGGUAGAACUGUUGUCCAGCGCCUGAAUUGGGAGACAGACGCUGUGAUUUCAACUUCUUGCCCUUCGAAGUCUGAUAGGUUGCUUUCUGACUAAAGGGUUUAAUCCGAGUGAGUGCAUCUUAAAGACACAACUUGAAAAGUCAAGUCUCCAGUAAUAGCUAGUUAAUAAUUUGACGGCCGGCUUAAAAGUGUUGCUCUGUGACUUGUCUUAUGAUCAAGGAACUAAGGUGAUUUCUUUCCCUUCUUCAGAUACACUGUUACUACUCCCUGUUCUAUUUGUUGUUGUUGUUGUUGCUGUUCUGUGGUGGCAUGAGAACGUGCCACAGAGUUAGAAUAUUUUGGCCCUCA